UGAACCAGAUCCAUAUCUCCUUUUUUGCGGAGCUGCAUGCGCCACUCAGCGCACAGUGUCAUCAGCUUCCCAUGGUGAAGGAUGCGUGGGCUGCUGGCGCAGAUGCUGCAGGCAACACUUCCCGGGAGCUCCGCUUCUUCUCUCGCAGCUAUGGCGAGAAAGAGAAGGAGGAGGAGGGGAAGCCCCAGGCCCACACGCUGGCUCAUGAUGAGAACGGCCUGCCACUGAAGCUGAAGCUGGAACAGAAGUUCCUGACCUCCAGCGUGCUGAUGGGCAAAUCCAGGAGAAAUCCCAUUACGGGCGAGAUCUCUCUGGAAAAGCCUCCGAGCUAUCCGAACUUCCAGAUUGUGGAUCUCGCCGGCCGGGACGUGCUGCCCAAAAGCAGGCGUGUGCUGGAAACAGAUCCCUACCUCUUCAAGGUCAUCCCACUGAUGUACAGGACCUGGCUCUACCAGUGCCAUUUCCUGAAGCCCGAGAGCAUGGGGCGUGGCUUUGGCAGCGCAUUUUUUUUUCUCGACAAGCGACUCGAGCGAGCGGUUCGCCGGCUGGGUGUUUGGGGCCAAUCGAGCGAGUGAGCCGCCGGGGGUGGGGAUUUUGGGGCCACUCGUUUUUGGCAGCGCUUGGAC